UUGGAUAAAGUUGAAAAUAUGUGACAUGUGUGUUUGGGAUCCUUAUAUAGGUGGCUGUUGACAGGUCUAUCCCUUUGGUGUCUAUCUGUUUUCAAAUUUCCAAUUUGAUUUGAACCAGACUUCUACACCCAUUGUCUUUGUUCUGGCGAUUGAUCCAUUGUCUCUUUCUCAUACCCUUUUGUUCUUUUUGGUGUUUCAAAAUUUGAAACUAACAUGGGUCUAGUGGUCACACACAUCAUAAUCCAUUGGUUCCUGGCCCCGUCACUUGCCUUGCUGCAGUGUGCAUUAGAUUUUUGUGUCAUUUGUAAAAUUGUAACGGUGACCUUUCCAUUUAGGCCUCGUAGCCUGUGCUCAUAUUCCCCCUUAACUUUAUUGGAUUUACCCUUGUUAAAAAAUAAAAAAUUGAAAGUUGGCUAACAUUUGCUUUUCUGUCCACAGUGCACAUGCUCAGGUAUAGUACAUGAUUUUGACCUUUGCAUUCAAAACUAGAGGUAGUAGAUGUAAGUUGUAACUCUAGACUAGACACUAGAGUGCCAAUGUGCCAUACCCUUGUGGUGCCUAACUCAUGUUGCAAAUUCAAAUUCUAUCUUCAAAUUAUUCAGUCCUUGCACUAUUUAAUUUCCUUGUAUCAUUUUAUCUUGCCUACCAGAGUUAUUUAUGGGUUUUGUCAGUGUUCCCUUUUAUGGUGUCGACGGUUUGGUAACAUGUCACUUUCUUAUAGCUCAUUUACUCGUCAAUCAAGUUGAGAUCUGGUCUAUAUUAACCUCCUUUGGGGUACAUCCCAAUGUCAAUCUUGGUACAAGUUGAAACUUUAUGGUCCUGAAGCUAUGGAAUUGUGUAAACCUGACUUGGAGGAGAGAAUGAAAGUGUUGGCAAUGAGCACAACAGAAGAAGAAGAAAUGGGAGACACUUUUGCUGAAAGAGCAGAAACUUACUACCAAAAGAGGCCUCAGCUACUGUCCCUUCUGCAGGACUUGUACAAUGGCUACAUAACCUUAUCUGACCGUUACAUCCAAACACUGGCCAAGCACAAGCACCAUAGUAGACACUCUUCUCAAGUUUCAACUGUAGAUGAAGGCUUCUCUGACCAAGAAGAGGCUAGUGGUGUGAGCCACAGUGAUUCAGACAUUGAAAGCUCAAUCUCCUACCAACACCCCCCACCCAUGAUGAUGAUGCCAAUAGGCCUCCCAAGGAGUAGUUCCAUGCUUCUUGAUGUUGAUGCCAUUUAUGCUGAGCUUGUGAUGAGGAAUGUUGAGUAUGACUUGUUGGUGCAUGAGGUUGGUGUCAUGGAGAGGAGGUACUGUGAGUCCUCAAGGAAAAGUGAGCUUCAAAAGAGCCUUCUUGAGGUGUUGGAGUCUGAGAGGAUUGUUCUGUUGAAUGAGAAUGCUAGCUUGAGCUAUAGGGUCAACACUUUGGUGGAAGAGAACAAGGAGCUGGCAUCUGAGUCAGUGUUCAUCAAGAGGAAGGCUGGUGAGCUUGCAAAGUGUGUGCUGAAGAUGAGGGAGGAUCAUAGAGUGUACUUGCUGCAUAGGAAAAUUGAAGAUCUUCAGGCUCAGAUACAUGGCUUGGAGAAGAGGAACAAGGAGUACUAUGAGAAGCUUCUGAGAAGAGAUGUUCAAGAAGAUGAUGGUAAAAAAGGGGUGGCUUUGGAGGUUUGUGUUCAGUUGGACAAGCAUAAGAGGUUCAAGUGGAAAGAUGGCAACACUUCUGGGAAGAAAUUUCAUGGGAAGAAGUCCCCAAGUUUGUGGAAAAAGCUGAAGAACAUGGAUUUGUUGUUGUGUGGAGCUAAUCCAACAUGUGCUUGAUGAUGAUAGAUGACUGGUAGUUUUUUUGAGUCCACAAAAAGUUUUAUUUAAAGUUAAAUAUGUAUACUUUUUGGCACUUUAUAAGGUAGCAGCAGUAGGUUACUAGGUUAUUUACUUACUCAUAAGCCAUGGUGUACAUUCCAACAUGAGGCCUUUAACUUAGAAAUGCAUGAAUAGUGAUGGCAUGCCCCUCUAGCUAAAUCCUUGGAAAACUAAUUGUAGAUCAGUUUAACAUCAUCUUGUAAAAGCUAGAGUGGAUUUGUACUUUUGCCUCCGUUAUUUUAGAUGAUCUAUUCUACUAUAUUAUUAUUAUGUAAGAGGCUUAUCUUAAACAAUGGUGUAAUGAGUGAGAAAUGAUUCAGUUACUAA